AGAGGCGGUGGUGGCCGCCAUGAAUGCUGGGGGCCCUUUCCGUGCCCCGUCUGGUUUCGCGCCACCGCUGCGCUUUGGGCAAGCUGCCGUCUUCGGGCAGGGCAAUGCUGCUGCCAGCCUGUCCUUCGCCCCCGGGCCCGCCACCGCCGCCUUCGGGCAGCCCUACGGGCUAGGCCAGGCACCGGCCUUCACGGCAGCGGGCAGCGGUGGGGCCUCGGUGGGUAACGCAGCGUUCAGCUUCAAGCCACCCACCAACCUGAGCAGCUUCCCAGUGUCAGGCGAGGCGCCGGGCAGCGGAGCCUUCGCGGCGCCCGAGUUCCGCUUCAAGGCACCCGACAGCGCCACUGCCUUCAAGCCGCUGACGGGCAGCGACGCAGAUAAGGGCCCGGCCGCUUCCUCCACCUUCACGUUCUCGCCGCCCUUCGGUUUCGCUCCUGAGACGGGCCCGGAGACAGCGGCGGGGGGACCCUUCUCCUUCUCGCGUCCCGCUGCCGCUCUGGGCCGGCCGGAAGAGAAGGGUCUGCGGCCACUCUUCGAGGAGCCGGUGGAGCCGGCGUCCAAGGGCCUUAAGCGGAAGGAGGAGCGGGAGCAGUCGCCGCGGAGAGCGGCGGCCGGCGGGCGGGCAGCGGUGGCGCCGCCGGAGAAGCGAGCGGUGCUGCUGGGCCGGCCCCGCGGCGGAGCACUCUUCGGCCGGGUGGUGGAAGAGAUGUUGCGUAGCCAGGGCCGCGGGCAUCGUGACCGCGGGGACACCGCCGAGCCCGAGCGGGGAGUUGCUGAGGAGUCGCCGCCAGUCGAGGCUCGGGACUCUCCCCGAGAAGAUGCUUCCUCUGCCACCCCUACACGCCGGACUCGAGGCAGCGAGAGCACGGAGAGUCUAGGGAACUUGCCCCCUGGUGAGCUGACAGCCAUUCAGUGCAAGAACGUCCCUGAUUAUCUCAACGACAGGACAGUGCUGGAAAAACACUUUGGCCAGUUCGUAAAAGUCCGACGGAUAAUGACUAGGCGCAGUAAAAAAACGGCUAUUCUCCACUUUUUUGAUCAUGCCUCUGCUGCUCUUGCCAGAAAAAAAGCAAAAGAGUUGCACAAAGACAUAGUAACGUUUUGGCAGAAGAAGAAAACAAGUCCAGCAAAAAGGGACUUUCCAUCAGAGAAGAAGAAAGCAGGUGAAGAAGAGGGAAGGCAAAGCGCUGAAGAGCAAAACUAUCAGCAUUCCCCUCUUCGAAAACCUUUAGUAAGGUCCUCUGCCAGCAGUGUCAUGUCUGGUAAAAGUUCUCCAUCAAAGAAGUCUGGUCUUCGGAAGGCGCUGCAGUUUGAAACAGAUCUGUUUGAUUCUGGUGCUGAAGGCCAGAGCUUAGAGGCCUUGUCAUCUCUUGGCAACCUGGUAGGAUUAGUAGCUGAGACAUCUGAAGAAAGAUACCGUCUUUUGGACCAAAGGGACAAAAUCAUGCGGCAAGCUCGAAUAAAAAGAACUGAUCUUGACAAAGCAAAAACUGUUGUUGGCACUUGCCCUGACAUGUGUCCUGAAAAGGAACGGUACAUGAGGGAGACAAGGAAUCAGCUCAGUGUCUUCGAAUUGCUUCUAGGAUCUGACAAGGUAGAUCAUGCAGCAGCAAUCAAGGAAUAUAGCAGGUCUUCAGCAGAUCAGGAGGAACCUUUACCACAUGAACUGAGACCCUCUGAGGUGUUAAGCAUGACCAUGGACUAUUUAGUGACAAACAUCAUGGAUCAAGGUGAAGGAAACUACCGGGAAUGGUAUGACUUUGUCUGGAACAGAACUCGUGGCAUAAGAAAGGAUAUUACCCAGCAGCAUCUCUGUAACCCACUGAUGGUGUCUCUGAUAGAGAAGUGCACUCGCUUUCAUAUCCAUUGUGCCCACCACUUGUGUGAAGAGCCCAUGUCCUCCUUUGAUGCCAAAAUCAACAACGAAAACAUGACUAAAUGCCUGCAGAGCUUGAAGGAGAUGUAUCAGGACCUGGCUAACAAAGGGGUUUACUGCAAGAGUGAAGCAGAGUUCAGAGGUUAUAAUGUCUUGCUGAAUCUCAACAAGGGUGAUAUUCUCAGAGAAGUACAGCAGUUUCAUCCAGAGGUUAGAAACUCUCCUGAAGUUAGAUUUGCAGUUCAAGCUUUUGCUGCAUUGAACAGCAACAACUUUGUGAGGUUUUUCAAGUUGGUGCAGGCAGCUUCCUAUUUGAAUGCCUGUCUCUUACAUUGCUAUUUCAACCAGAUUCGUAAAGAUGCUCUCAAAUCUCUGAAUAUUGCUUACACUGUGAGCACCCAGAGGUGUACAGUGUUUCCCUUGGAUCACCUGGUCCGCAUGCUGCUGUUCAAAGACAGUGAGGAAGCAAGUGAUUUUAUAAGUUACUAUGGCCUGAGUGUAUCUGAUGGUGUUUAUGUGGAGCUGAAUCGCUCAGCUUUUCUGGAGCCAGAUGUAUUGCCCAAGCCACACAAAUCUCUGUAUGUCAGCCAGAAGCUAACAGUCUCGGUUGGGGAAGUUGUAAAUGGGGGGCCCUUGCCCUCUGUGCCGCACCACGUGCCUGUGUCCAGCUUCAAUGGACAGAACAAGUACACCGGUGGAAGCACCUCUGUGGAGCAUACUAGUAGUAGCCAAAAAUCCAGCAUGGAAGCAACAGAAGGAAGUGCAGAAAGUAAAGGUGUGGAUUUAGAUGCUGCAGCAGUAAGAGUCCAGCCCCCAGCUCAUCUUCUGCCCUCACUGUUACCUCGCCAGCUUGUGCCAGCGCUGCCUCCUGUGCAGGCAGUCUCCCAACCUGCCAGACAGCCUGAGCCUCUCUCUUCAGAGCCUCAUCCUCAGUACACAGACACGGACAUUGCUGAAGUGGUGGACGGCCUUGUGCGUGAUGUCCUUGAAGGAGAGUGCAGACAAGUCGGCAGAGCAGGAGUGGCUUAUGUGACUGCUGCCAUCUGCACCUCGGAGGCCACUGUGGAAGAACUCGUGACUGAAGUGACUGGGGAGAUACUCAGGGAAGUGGCUGGAAGCAUGCUUAAUGCAGAACGGGAGCGUGUCAGAGAGGAGAAGCGCAGGGUGGAGGAAGAGAGGCAAAAGCAGGAGAGAGAACGCUUAAUAAAGCAGCUGAGCCAAUUGGUGGGUAUGGAAUUAAUGGAAGAAGUAAUCAAGGAGAGUAUUCAAGAAGCUUCAGCCAAUGAGUUGAAAUGUGCCUUAGAAAGGGACCGGCAGGCUCGUAUUGCACGAUGCUCAGAAGAAGUCUGUGGUCGUGUCAUGGAACUUUUUCUGGAAGAUGAGAUUUUCCAGAUUGCUAAGGAAACCCUUCAGGAGCUCCAGUGUUUCUGCAAGUACUUGCAGCGGUGGAGGGAGGCAGUGGCAGCGCGAACGAAGUUGAAACGUCAGAUGAGGGCGUUCCCAGCUGCUCCCUGUUGUGCAGAUCCCAAAAAUCAACUGGAAGCACUGUCCCCCAGUGCUGAGUGGCCUAUAACCAUGGAGAACUUGUGCAAGAGAAUUGUGAAUCUGGGACAUGGAGGAAGGCUGGGGAUUUCUUGCACAAGAUUGAAUCGGCUGAGAAACAAGACUGUGCAUGAAAUAAAAGUUCAGCACUACUUCCAGCAGUUGUUAAGUGAUUUAUCAUGGACCCCUCUGGAUCUUGUCUCAUUGAUCACUGAACAUAUUCCAGUUCAACAAGAGCAGGUGUUUUGGAAGGUGCUAUUGGUUUUGCCAGAUGAGGAAUAUGCAGAGAGUGAUCCCAGCAGGGUACUGAUAGAUUGGUUGAAAGCCAAAUUUAUGGGAGACAAAAGCUGGAAGAAAAGUGCUUCACAAAAAGAAGGCAGAAUUCAAACACUGACGUUACAUCAUUCUGCUGGCAUGCAAGGGAGCAGAAGUGUUCAAGUCAGUGUGUGUGUAAAGGUGGCACAUGGUGCAUUGUCUGACUCUGAGCUUGAUACAGCUGAGACCCAAAGAGACUUGCUUGGAACCAGCGGUCUCAUUCUUCUCCUGCCCCCUCGAGUUAGGAGUGAAGAUGUGGCAGAAGAUGAUGUUUAUUGGCUUUCAGCUUUGCUGCAGCUGAAACUGUUGCUUCAAGUGAAACCUUUUCAACCAGUAGUUCCCCUGGUGGUUCUAGUCCCUUGUCAGGAAGAUGGGGCCACAGAGAAAGAAGUGGAAGAAGGUUUGAUGCUGCAGGACUUGAUUUCAGCCCAGCUUAUUUCAGACUACAUCAUUGUUGAGCUCCCAGGUUCUACCAAUGACUUAGAAGGCACCAGAAGGAUCUCUGCUGCUGUGGGCUGGCUGAUUUCCCAGUGCCCUGACUCCCUUGAGCUUUGCAGUCAGACCCUCCAGGAGUAUGUUGAGGAUGGGAUUGACAGUGAAUUUUGCAAGCGCUUCUACCAUGACUGGAAGGAGAGGCGUCUAGCUGGGCUGCCAUCUCAGGAGCCUGGAGUCAUCAUUGAGCUCUACAACAGCGUGCUGCAGUUUCUUUCAGAUGUCGCAUCCUCAGAGCACCUUUGUGAUUUGUCUUGGCCUGUUACUGAGUUUUCAGAGCCUGGGGGUAACAAACAGCUGCCUCACCUGCAGUGGAACAUGCCUGAUCACCUGGCCUGGCUGAAGAAGGCUGUGCUGUCCUUCCAGAUCCCGUACCUGGAUCUACCUCCAUUAGGUGCUCCUUGGCUUCCUGUUUGCCACAUGAUUUUUCAGUAUGCAACUCAGAUUGCUAGUUCAUCCCACACUCAACCACUCAUCCAGUCUCAAGUGGAGAAUCUGCUGAGCAAGACUUACCAGAGGUGGAAAAACAGGACAUCUGGGGACUCUGGUGACAGCGGACCUUCUGUGGAUGAGAUCCCUUGGGACGAUAUCUUGGCAGUCUGCAUUGAUCAUAAACUGAGAGACUGGAAACCACCCAAACUGUCUGUUGCUCCAGAAGCAGUAAGUGAAGAUGGUCAGAUUCGUGUGUACUACUUCAAGGAGCAUUUGAAGAACUUCAUUCUCCCUUUUUCCUGGGAACAAGCCAGACUGCGCACGCAGGAGGAGAUCCGGCACGGCCACGAGAGGUCAAGGGUAAAACCUCCCAGCUCUUUGAAGAAACUGCCUAGAGUCUCCAUGAUGUCAGGUGAACAUGUUUCUGACAUGAGCAUGCCAUUGGGACAAGAAAAGAGCAUUCCCAGUGCAGAUGAAUUCACAGAGACAGCCUCAGCCCAGGAGCUUCUCCCAGAGCGUCUGUUGGCACAGUUAAAACUGGAGAAAAUAGAAAGCAGGAGGUUUGAAGAACAGUUGCACCGAUGUCUAGCUGAUGACAUUGAGCCCCUUGGUGAUUUUGUAGGUCUUCCUCUCUACCUCCCUCAGGCUCUGAUCUCCACUCCAAAUGUCAGCUGUCCAUUGAUGAAGAAUCCUGUGUCAUCUGCUCAGGGGGCUGAGAGUCAAGAGGGAUGCAAGCUUUUGGUGGAAGAGCUAAGCCCUUCCCUGUCAGACAAACUGAAACACUUGCAACAGCUACUCAAAGCAAACCAGGAGGGUGAAGUUGCCUCUGAGCUCCACCUAUCUGCUCUGGUGGACAUGGUGGAUAUUUGAGCAGAGCUACACGUGCAGACUAAGGUUUGACCAAUCCAGAUAUGAGUGAUUGGACUCCUGAGCUCGUGGGGCACAUUCCAGAAAAAGCAGCUAUUCUGACAGGAGAAGAACACAGUAGA